AUUUGUAUCAUCUCAAGUGAUCGUCUAGUAUACUAUUUUCUUAAGUAUACCUUACACUAACUCGACAUCAGUUGAGAUGAUACAAGUAGUUUUAUUUAUCGAAAAUCCCUGGCCCCAAAACUGUAAACUCACUAAGUUUUCUUGUUCCACUUCAUAAUAUAUAUACAUACCAACACAACACCAAGGCCUCACUCCACACCCUCUCAUCAAACUUAUCAUUUCCUCCUCUCCAAACUCGCAACAGGAUGAAGUUUAGCUCUCCUUCAACACCAACUCUCUCCAUCACCUUCCUCUCCAUCUUCCUCCUCCAACUCACCUUCAUCUCCUCCCAAACCUGCCAAAGAUCCUGCGGCGAACUCCCCCUCAAGUUCCCAUUCGGCAGCGACCCCGGCUGUGGCGACGCGCGCUUCAACCCUCACGUGUCGUGCAGCCAGGGAAACCCCAUCUUCACAACCCACACCGGAUCCUACCCCAUCACGAACAUAGACUACACAAAGAAGGUCAUGUACAUCUCAGACCCCUCCAUGUCAACAUGUUCAUGCAAACAACAAUCCAAAGGGUUUGCCCUAGACUGGGACGCACCCUUCGAUUUCCAGGACGACAACGUUUUUGCCCUACUCGACUGCUCACUUUCCACCUCUCCAAUCUUCCAACAAAACUCCCUAUACACUGACAAAAAAAACAGCUCAAAAAUCUCCCUAUGUGACAACCAAGGUGCCCCGAUUUGUAGCUACUUGUACUCAUGUCAGGCGAUCAGCACAAUCAACCUCCCGACGUCCACGUGUUGCGUUUACACGCCAGUGGAUCUUGGGCCGGCUUUCGAGAUGGAUUUGGAGAAGCUGCAGUGCAGCUCUUACUCAGGGUUUUACAGCUUCAACGAACGUGAGUCUGAUCCUAAUAGUUGGAAGUACGGGAUUGCACUCAAGUACAAGUUUAGUGUGAACAACGAGUAUCCGAGUUCGUGUGCUAAUUGUGAGAGGAGUAAUGGGGUUUGCGGGUAUUAUGGGAAUUACAACUCGUUUAUAUGUAAUUGCCCCAGUGGGAUCAACACCACUAAUGAUUGUUUCUUUGGAGCUUCAUAUAAUUAUGGUUCAAGGCCUCGAUCGUGGCAGAUUGGGACUUGGUUAAUCUAUUGCUUGGCUUGGUUAUUGCUUUUGGUAUUGUAGAUUGUGAAAUUUCGUAGAUGGAUUUUAAAGUUCAAAUGCAAGUUGCGGUUUGAACUUCUUUGAAUCCUAUAAAAUAUGUUGAGAUUCAACUUUUUGUUGUUGUAAACUGUUGAGAUUUCUCCGCAAUAUUCGUAGCAAUAACUAGGUUAGGUCAGUUAGCUAUGCCAAUGUACUUUUCAUCUUGCCCGAUGUUAUAUAAAAAAUAAGAUAAAAGCACUCAAAAAUCCAAA